AGAAAUCACUAAAAACAACCCCGGAUUAUCUGUUUAUACCGUCAAACCCAUGUCUAGUGACCUUUCUAUUGUUAUAUUCUGUAAUCUUUUUAAUUACAGAUUACGAAUGUCUUUUAUAAAUCAGUGAACUCUUAAAUGUGGGUAUAAUGAAAACAUCUGUACAGAUGUUGGAUGCAUCCGUGAUCUUUUGAUGAGUUCUCACGUCGUCACUCCAGGUCCUUACAGGGCCACUAAACUGUGGAAUGAGGUUACUAAGCUAUUCCGGGCUGGGAUGCCCUUGAAGAAGCACCGGCUGCACUUCAGGGUUUACAUGAACUGCUUCACCGCAUCAGCAGCCGUGGACUGGUUACAUGAACUCCUGAAGAUCAACAGCAACUUUGGACCAGAGGUCACCAGACAGCAGACUGUCCAGCUGCUGAAAAAGUUCUUGAAGAAUUAUGUUAUUGAGGAUGUGAAAGGUAGACGGGGCAUGGAAGACCUGGAAGACAACAGUCAGCUAUACAGGUUUCCAUCAACAUCUCCACGGAAGACCAUUCCUAACUGUGCCCCUGUUUUGAGGAAGAAGAGCAUAUCUAUGAUGGACAAGGAAGGAUUCUUCAAGUUCAGGGGCUCUAAGAAAUUCAACAAAAAAGUUUUGGAAAAUGUGGAUCCAGAAAUGCAAGAAUCUCCUACAGAAUCAGCUUUGGGUGAGACCAAACGCUGCAGAGAGCUCACGGAGGAGGACAUUCAAGUGAUCUGGAAGAAUGUGACACUUACACAUUUGCAGAAGCUGUUGGGAUCAGGGUCUCUUGAUGAUGUUUUAGAUCCAGCCCAAGUCAAUCCUCAGUUCAUUGUAUAUAAUAUGAUGAAAGUCAAUAAACAUGGAGUUGUUUCACUUGAAGACAAGAAAGAGGACUUGCCACACUGGGUUUUGUCUGCCAUGAAGUGUCUUGCAAAUUGGCCAAAGUACAAUUCAAACCAGCCAUCUUACCCAGGCUUUGAGCGUGACGUGUUUAAAACAGUGUCCUGCUAUUUCUACAGUCUCUCUCAACCACUUCUUACUUAUCAGUACUAUGAACUGUUUGUCAACAUCCUGGUUAUGUGUGGCUACAUCACGACUCCUAAAACUCAGUGUGGAAAGCGCAAAAACCAGGAUGAUCCGAACUGCCCACAGCAAGCCAAAGCCCCACAUCUGAAUGUUGUCAACCUGUUCAAAUCAACCGAAUGCCUGCUGAUGAGCUUAAUAAGAAAAGAGGCCUUUGAUGAAGCUGAAUCACCUAUGCGGGAAGUUUACAGUUCUAAAGCAGAGACUAAAAUAGAAGUUCAAAGAGCCCAGCAGCCUGUUUUUAGAGGCAGAAGGGCCAGUGCUGGAGUUGGGCUGGAAGGUAGCUAUUUAGAAGCCCCAGUUGGUAGGCUUCAUCCCAGAAGUUGCUCUCUGGAGAGAAUCGUAGAUAAUGUUGUGGUUUCUUGUUCAAAGAGCAAUUUAUUCCCAUCAUCUGAAAGUCUACAGUCCUGUGGCAGCAAUAAAUCAACCCCCCAUACAGAUUCUCCAGUAGCUGCAAACCUCCAGGGUUCCUCAAUGUCCAUAAACUCAUGUCCAGGUGUGUCUGAUACAAAGUUCCAAAAUGCUCAAACUUCCAGCAGUAGCACAAGCCACCAACUCCCUUCAGAUCUUCGUCGGGCCAACCCGAGACCCAGCAGGGCCCGGCCCAGAAGCAUUGGUAACUUAUUUGACAUAGAGAAGAACGGAGAAAUGUGUGCUAGCAUGAGACCAGACUGUUCCUCCAGCGUUGACCUUAGAGCUCCUGGUUUGGUCCGGAUGCAUGGCAGCUGCAUGGAUGUUAGGGCUAGUCCAAGCAUUAGCAGAUGCUGUCAAAGCUCCAUGGACCUGAGCAAACCCGCACCUGCUCAGCCCUCUUUGGCCCUGUUAGCACGCUGCCUGAGUCCUGUGCAAAGUCUGUUGCAGCCAUCACUGGAGCGGGUGGCCAUUGAGGCCCUGCAGCUCUGCACGUUACUCCUGCCUCCCGCCAGCCGACGCAAACUGCAGUUACUCCUACGAAUGAUCUCACGCAUGAGCCAAAACAUGGACAUGCCGCGGCUGCAUGACAUCAUUGGAACUCGUACUCUGUUGGUGCAGACGUUCAAUAGGUGUGUCUUGAGUUGUGAGGAGGUGGAUGAUCUAGACGAACUCUUGGCUACGAGGCUUCUAUUGUUUCUCAUGGAUCAUCAUCAGGAGGUCAUGCAGGUGCCUGUGUACCUGCGCAAUGCUGUGGAAGAUCACGUCAGCUAUCUCAAAUCACUGAACACAUGCCCAGGCCCUGGUGUUGUCAUGCCGACAUACUCAUUCUGCAGGCAGAUCAGCACUCAGGAGUUUGAAGAGCACAAACUCUCUGUGUCUCAGGCUGCUCUCACUGACCUGCUAGAGAAUCUUAUCAAUGACAAGAGCAUGUCAGUGAAAGAGAAGAAACAGAAGCUCGAACUGUUUCAGAAGGAAUAUCCUGAUAUCUACUUGAAACGUUUCCCCACAAUGGAGAGUGAAGCUCAGCUUUUUGCAGAUAAGCCAAAGAUAAAACCGCCAAUGCUGUUAAGCAUCAAGAAACCCAAUGUGUUCAGUAUUCGGAACUGAAUACCUCUUUAAAUAGUUAUUUGGGUGAUGUAUUAUUUUUUUGGGUGACUUUUUGAUUUUAAAGGCAUUUUAGUUGACCUAUUGCAGUGAAAGAAUGGAGUAACACCUCAGUGUAAUCUUAACAGUAACUUCAGAUGGGGGGGGGGUAUUUUGCUCUAGUAGAGUGAUUUUUUUUGUUUUGUUUUCAUUACAAAUGUCUGUCAGUUUUAACGUUAUUUAUUUAAGGUGUGAUUUCUUGUAAGUUAUUGGGAGCUCAUUCAUAGUGUCAUAGUGUGUAUAAAACACAGGCUUAUGGAAAAUGCAGAUAUGGAGUCUCUUUUAAACCUUUUUUUGUUUUAACUUUUCAUGUUUGUAUUUCAGUUGUAUUCUCAUUUUGCUGUUAUCACCUUUUUGUGUGUAUGUCUUCAGUAUUCAGAUGUGUUUACUCACACUUGGAGCUCUAAAGCCAUAAAUUGUUAAAAUAAUUUGUUUCUGUGUGACAUGGCAGUUUUAGCCUGUUGGCUAAUUUGCACUAUUUUUUUCCAUCUCAAAUAUGCAAUGUUUAGUUUUGUCUUUACUUAAUAUGUAUAUAUUUUCUGUCUAGGGGUUAAAAAUCUACUUACUUGCUUAUUGAAAUCAUUUGUUGUAAGAUGUUAUGGAUGGAUCAUCUUGCACUAUGCCACUGUACUAAUUCAGUGGCUUGUGUAAUGAGAGUAAAAGACUAAACUGCUGGACAGAGAUUGAUUUAUCUUUGCCAUCAUAAAUGAUUUUAUAUUAUAUUUAGUUAACAGGCAUAGGUGAGCCCAAUCUAUUACAUUUUAUGUAGUUAUAUCACUUUAUUUAUCAACCCAAAUACUUGUACUGUCCCUGUUCUAUGCAAUAAACUGUUUUAA